AUGGUCCAGUUCUGGUUCAGCCUUCCUGAACCAUUUCCGAACCCCGAACCCAUUGUCAACUUCAACUUCGACAUGACUUCGACUUCAACUUUGAUUUUGACUUCAACUAGGACAAUGCUACCUUUAGCCUUUUUGAAGAUAUCUACUUGUUCCAGUCUAUAUGCUUCCUGGACCAUCAUGAUCCUCCACCGGCUGUUAACUCUAACGGAUCUCCUUGGAUAUCGUUGCUCUGGGAUGUUUGGGUUUGCUCCAUGCAUAAAACAAGGUGCCGACAACGAAAUUGAUGCUUCCGAUAUCACCUUCUUCAAUGAUCCUGAUGAUGAAGUACCACUGCCCCAGGUCCCACCUUCCGCCCAGCCAUCAUCUUCAACUACAUCCACAAAAGAUGCCUUUUCCAUUCUGCUCAAGGCUGGACACACCCUGGCAACAGUCACAGCUGGUUCUCAGCACUCUGGCUGGCCGUCAAAACCAUCAGCUCGUAUUCGUGAUGCUGACAAUGCCUGUGGGCUGUCUUCAUCUUCGGGCACAAGGAAGCGUGCUUUAUCAAGCGCUAUGGACCAUCCAGCACCUAAGAAAGUCGCAGUCGCCAUGCAAAUCUUAUCUCCUCUUGACUUGGAAGAUGAAGAUAUACCUUCUAUGCCUGAUCUAGGAGAGUCAUCUGCUGACGAGCUGAUCCCCCAACCAGAGGACAAUGAUGAAGCCGAUGAAGCUAAGUCCAAGAAUGGGGGCACCACUUUGACUCUUUCAAAAAGUGAAUGUACGGCGGAUGUUAGGACUAUAUUUACCCACUUACCUGAUGGGUGGGUCUGUAUCCUGUGCAAGGAUGCUGGUCAACCAGUACAGAAGCACACGUUUCGCGGAGGCACUUCGACACUGCACACACACAUUGUCCAUCACAAAAAGUCCCAUUUUCAAGUCUACAAGGAGCGUUGUGAUGCUGCAGGCAUCACAAUGCACUCUUGUGCAAUUCCACCCAGAGAAGAUGUCACCAUAAUGCAAAUGCAAAUGCAGAUGACUCUCGAUGGCAAGCUUGUUUGCAAACCACCCGCAUUCACCAAGGAAGGGCUACUCGAAUAUAUCAUGGAACUCAUUGUCACGGAAGAUGAGGUACGUCGAUUUUUUAUGUUUAUAUUCAUUUGA